CAGGCUGCCACCAAGUGGAAAUGUUCAUGUAAAAGCAAGAAGACAGAAAACAUUAUUUAAUUCUUUGUUUUUUUGUUUGUCAACUAUAUGAAUUUAAUCAUCCAUGUAUGUAAAGAGAUCUUAUAUAGUAAAAACUAAGUCAUGAAUAAACAGCUGCGAGAGUUAAGUUUAUCUACCACUGUAGUGAAACAAUAACAAGUAAUGAACCAAAAACAUCAUCUGCUUCUCGGAUUAAACAGCACAUUUGAUACAAUCCGCAAAGUUAAACAUGUAUUUUAUAUCUAAUUGCACAUUGUCCUGAAAACCAUGCUCAUUUUACAGAAAUUAACCGGAUGAACACAACAUAUAGAAUUAACUAUAAAUUACUAAAUGUAUGUGACAAUCGUAAAUAUGCAAUAUGCUUUGGACCAUAAUAUUCUGUUCAACAAAAGAGCUUGCCUCUCAUCUUUUUGGUAUAGCCACUAGCCACUAGCCACUAGGCAGAGACAAAGCACGUGAAACAAGCACGUUAUGAAAAAGAAAUCGGAUAAAUAAUACACUUGGGUUUACUAAUUUAUUAGGCUGUCAAAGAUUAGUAAAUUGGGCUGUCUCUCCCAUUAUCCAGUAUUCUAUACAUUUUAGUAUUUUACAUAAUAACUAGUUUUGUAUGGAUAUGAAUGUUAUAGAUCUAAGAUGGCAGAAUGAAGUUACAGAUAAUAAUAUUACUAUAUGCAACUCGACCUUGUUUAUCUAGACUAGAUAUACCAUAACAAGACUAUUAAGAUCAUAAUACAACAUUGUACUAAUGUAAUGAGUUAUGUAGAGAGAUAGUUUUUUUUUUUUUAAACAAAUAUGCAUGGUAUCGUCGCUAGUGAAGUAUAUAACGCUCUAAUAUAUAUACUUUACUUGUGUGGGAACUAGUUUAUUUGAAUGACCAUUAGGUAGGAAAAUACAUCGAUUUUUUAUAUAAUCCGUGUAUAAAUUUUCCUAUUUGCUACAAAUGGUUUAUCCUAUGUUUCAUCUUAUAUAUGAUUUUUUAUAUGAUGCACGUCGGUCCUAAUAGAGAAGUCAAAACUUACAAAAACAUUAGUUUAUCUAUAAAUGUAGAGUCGGCAGAUAAAUGCAACGACAGUUUGGCCGAGUGGUCUAAGGCGCCAGAUUUAGGCUCUGGUCCGAAAGGGCGUGGGUUCAAAUCCCACAGCUGUCAAUUUGUUUUAUUGUUGUUUCGCAAUGUGAACCCUCUAGCUUUCUAUUUUUUGCACCAAUAGAACCGCUUAAUAACAGAAUAGUGAAUGUUCACGGAAAAAGCGAACACAUAUGAGGCCAUGACUAUCUUUUGAAUCUUGACCAUCCCCUUCAGUUCAAAAUCCUUCCCUUUUCUCCCAAGCAACCAUUUCUUCCUCAAUCUCUCUCUCUCUGAUCAAAUAUAUCCACGUACAGAGCAAAAAGAUGAAGAGUCGGAGCAGAAACUUAGCCACCCUGAGUUUGAUGAUAAUUACGGUUUUGUCAUGGAUGAAGAUCGUGGCUGGGCAGGAAGCAUUAAUAGGAAAAAAAGUAUUGCCGUUGUGCCACAGAGAAUGUAUGCCAAUAUGCAUGAAAGUGACCGAAGCAACUCAAGAAAUUUGUGAUGGUGCAUGCCAAGCGGGUUGUGUCCAGCUUCAAGGUAGAGGCACCGGACUUUCAGCCACUGAUCAAGGAGUCGAUAUGGUCAUUGCUUAGAAAAAUAUUUAUCAUCUUUAUCACUGGAUAUUUAAUUUUGAUAUGAUUAUAAACUUUUAAAUUAAUUUAUUAAUUUUUAUAUAUAGAAAGUAAAUAACUUUCGGAAUAGUUUUAUAAUGUUAUUUCAUUUAGAACUGUGAUUUUGAAUAUAAUGAUUUUUAUCAAAUUGCUUAUCUUUGGAUAUAUAUUUUUCUAAAUAAAAUAAACUCAUUUUGUUAUACAUUUAGAUUGAUUCUUUGCUAGAAUUUUUUUUUUAUAAUAAUUAUAUUUUUUUUUUAGAAAAAUGGUCAUGCUUCAUAAUUUUCAAACAGAGCUAAACCAACAAUUUAUUGUAAAUUUAUCGAUUAGUAAUAAGUUUAAAACAUAAUAACAACAAAAUUAUGGUUGUAGUAUAUAGCUCAUAAACUUAAAAAUAAAGUCACUAUUUCGUAGCAACAUGCCCACUUGUGAUGAUUAAUGAACCUGGACGUCUUUUAUAUAUAAUACAGUGUUGUACAUAUAAAAUGUGAUACAUUUAAUUUUGAGAUUGCUCUUAAUAAAUAGGUGAUGUGCUGCAGUUUCAUCACUUUGUAAUGUUAGUUUUAGUCUUUGUUUCAUAUUUUAUUAGCGGAACAUGUUUUGUAGUUUUAGUUCCAUUGUUCAUUUUGGAAGUUGCUCACGGGAGAAAUUAAGCUAUAUGGAUAGAAGUUACUCACUAAAGAAAUUAAACUAUUUAGACGCAAAGCGAUGCACAAUCACUGAAAGAGUUAAUUUCCUACAACAAAAUUGGUAUCAUGCUUGAAUUAAGGGAAAAAAAAAACUAUGAGUUGAUGACGUUUGAAAAGAUCAUCAUCAAUUCUUCACGAGCUUGAAGUCCUCUGGGUAUCAGCGCAAGAUUAAUAUGGAUAUCGUGAACAAUGCUAAAUAUUGAGGAGAAAAUUUUAUGUUUACCACUUUCAUCAUUUUUUUUUUAGAAAUUGAAUUUUACUAAAAAAAAGAGUAAAAGAAGACAAUCUAGUUGGAUCUCAACCCAAAGUUUGAAAGUAUAUGGAAUUUAGCAAUAGAGUCUGCAAAUCCGUUUUGAGAUCUAGAGAGAAAACUAAAAGACAAUAAAGAAAAGAAGAGGAUAGUGAGUCGAUAUCCGAAAAGACGCCGUAGAGUUCUGUCGGUUCCUGUUUCAUAGAGAUCGAUUUGAUAAGUGCUUGAUCAUCUGAUCGGAGCCAAAUUGAAGUGAAAUCCAGGGAAGUGGCGUGAAAGAGAGUCUCACGGAUUGCAAGCGCUUCCGCCAUUUUCAUGGUACUAUUAUUCAUCUUUACCACUACUAAAGAGCUAUUUUCAAAAAUAUGUUCUUAAUUAAGUGGCGAAAGACUAUUAUACCCUUAUUCUCUAUAUAUACAAUGAAUAUUAUUUAAAUAAUUUUUUAUAUGUUUUCGAAUAUUUUUUUUUUCAAAUUCAAACUUUUUAUAAUUUUUUUUUUUGAAUUUUGUUUUUUUUGAAUUUUUUUUCAAAUUUUCUUUUUGAAAAUCGAAAAUUAUGUAGAAAUUCUUUUUAAUUUUUUUAAGUAUUUAUAUAUAUAUAUAUUAGAAUCCUAAAUUUCACAUUUCAAAAACCAUACCCCACCAUUCAACUCUAAACACUAAGUCUAAAUUAGUUUAAACAUAAAAAAAAUAGUACUAUGAAUGUGGAAUUUGUGGUAAUUUCUCAAUAUUGAUCAACUGGCGUUAAAGAGGACCCUAUUUAGCAUUCAGAGGUUCAAUUAGUACUAAUUUUUUUCUACUUUGUUAUUAUUAAUAUAUAAUGUAUCUAAUUUUAUUAUAAAUUAAUAUUGAAAGUAAUCAAAUACCUACAAAAAUUAGGAAACUUAUACAGGAACCUAUUACAUUAUGCAAAUUUACUAACUUGAGACUUUUCAGGUGAGCCAGGAUAUUUCCUUUCUAGAAACUAUGCUAACCUCUGCAGUAUUACAUUUCUACGCUACAUUAUCAGUUCUUCUACAUGGUUUCAUAAUCAAAGUUUAUUCACUGUAUUAGAGGUCAUUAUCUCUACUGAAAAUAAUCUAAACCAUUGUGUCAGAAGUCUCUAGGUCGAAUGAUCAUUGGAACAUAACUAAUACUACAUAAUGUGGUUUCAGGUAGGGAUUACAAGAUACGGUCCUGGACUUUCUGCCUUUCUGGUAUUCAAAAAAAAAGUAAAAUCACUGUUGGAUCUUGAGCUCUUAUACCAAUAUAAAAUAUUUAUUUUCACGACAUCUAAACUAUUAAAGUUGAAGUACAUUUAGUACUUAACCCUAACUUUUUCUAAAUAAUUACCAUUGAAUGCCACUAAGGGCAUCUCCAUCCCUACUCCAUUUUUUUCUCUAAAAUGGAGUAAAAGUGAAUAUGGAGUAAGAAAUGCUCCAACCUAACUCCAUAUAUCACUCCAUAAUGAAAUUUACUCCAUAAAUGGAGUAAUCUUUUUUUUGUUUGUUCAUCACUCCAUUAUGGAGUGGGAAAUGGAGUAGGGUUGGAGCAAUUUUACUCCAUUUUCACUUUUACUCCAUUUUAAAGGAAAAAAUGGAGUUUUACAUUGGAGAUGCUCUAAUAUUUAAUCUAGAGCUAUUAUUUCAAAACAAUAUUUGUACCCUAUUAAUUAAACUAACAACUAUCAUUUGGUUAAUUAUUAAAGGAAACGUUGAUUUCUCAUUUAUAGUAUCUAUAUUAUUAAAAGAGAAGUACACUUAUAUAUUCACAUUUAAAAUUUGCAUUUAUUUACAAUGUAAUACCAUUGAAAUAACUAUAACCAUUAAUCAAUGUCUUUCUUAAACUAAUACUAUCUAAUUUCCCAAAACGAAUGCAAACUAAAAACUUGGAUUACAUCAAGUCAUAAAACCGUAAAAUUAGUAAGUAUAAUAUAGGAAAAUUAGUAAGCAUAAUAUAGGAAAGUAAUAAAUGACAUAGAAAACAUUUUCAAUUACUCCCAUAAAAAAUUAUUCACCGAAAGUUUGUUUUCUUUUCUUCCUCACCAGUAGCUCAAUAGCUGCUCUAACAUGUACGAACAGAAAUAAAUGAUUUAAGAAUUUUAUUACUCAAAAUACUUACAAUUUUUUCUAAUUCAUAAGCUACACGUUCAUUCAUUCAUAUCACUCUAGCUGCAAAAUCAUAAACUGGUUUGUUUGCUACAAACUUUCAUGUGAUUUUUUAUGAAUAAAAACCAUGUUAUAUUUUUGUUACUCUUAACAUACUUUCAUUCAAAUCAGAUUUUUAAAUAUUUUCCGAAUCAGAUAAUCUAUAAUCCUCCUAUUUAACCGCAAAAAAACAAUUAUCUUUUUUAUUUCGAAAAAAACACAGUAACAAAAACUCUACAUUUAGAGGAUAUUCUUUUGACCAGCCUACUUCCUAUAUUUGUGCACCAGCCUAUAAAUUUAAGGACAUCACUUAAAUUUACCAUUUAUUUAUGAUUCUCAUUUAUUUCCAAUUCAAAUCUAUAUUAUUAAAACCAAAAUAAUUAUUUAUUCAUCAUCAUAAUUACAAUUUAUGCCACUGAUUUAAUAAUUAUUAUCUAAUUAGCUAUAAAUCAUUUAUUUUGGUAGAAUACCCUCUAAACAAACUUACCAUUAUUCUCUAACUGAAAUAUUCUCUAAUUAAUUUUACUGUAAAAUUACCAUUACUAUCUAUUUUAUUAAAACAAAAGUGAAUUUUAUUUGACAUAUUUUAUUCUAUUUUAGAAAGAUAGAUUUAUUAAUAUACAACAUAACAAUACUAAUUGGUGUUUUAAUUUAUAAAUAAAUACAUCAAAAUGGUUGAUGUAAAUAAAAAUUACUAAUUGACGAAUAUGUUAUAUAACAUAUCAUUUUGAUUGGUUUAGUAUCCAACCAUAAUAUGAGCUUAAAAAUCACCGAUCUAUCGUAAAUGUUAUAUACUACAAAUCGAAAAUAAACAUUCAUAUGGAUGCAUGUUUAUGCAACCAUUUGUGUUAUGAAAAAUUCUAUAUAUCUUUUAUAUUAAAAUAAACACCCGUGCGGAUGCACGGGUCAAGAUCUAGUCUAUAUUAUUAAAAGAGAAGUACAAAAUAGAAAUAUCCCUUAGUUUUAUCACUUAUUUACAUUAGAAUGCCAUUGAGAUAUUUAUUGAACCUAUAUUUAAGCAUGCUUGUCUUUUCCUAAUUUAAAUAAUAGAAUUAAACAUUUAAUAUCUUUCCAAAAUUUAAAUAAUAGAUUUUCUUUAUCAAAUCAUAACCAAAAUAAAUUUCCUAAUAUAUUUCGUAUUAACAUACUCAAUAUUUUUAAUAUUUAUAAGUAAUAAAUAAUAAAAUAAAAAAUCACACAUCAUAAUCAAUUUAUAUAACAUAUAAA